AUGGAUAUUGAAAGAGUUUUCAUGAGUUGUUACAAGAUCGAAGAGCAGCCUGAUGAUAUUUUCAAUUUGAUCGAAUUAGCUCUGCGUGUUGGCGCAUUCAAGUAUCAGCCACAGUUCGAAAAGCACAAAGCCAGGAUCAUCAAGUUCCUGAUGAAUCCCUCGAUAACAUCAACUGAUGAUGAUGAUGAUGAUGAUGAAGAAGAAGAAGAAGAGGUUAUCGAGGACAAUGUUGGUGAUCAAGAUGACGUGACCAGCGUUGAAGAGCCUGAGAAAGAAGAAGAGGAUGGGUUAGGAACACAACAAAUAACUGCCGAAAGCAACAAACCCUUGGUGACGAAGAUUAGAAUAGUCAUCCGCAAGUCUGUACAAGUUGCUGCUGCAGAGAAACAGAACAAUUGCAAUGCAAUAACAGAAAGCAGCACGGAGUUGAAGAAAACUGACUUGGUUCAACAAUUGGAUAAACAAGGAACACCACAGUCCCAUAAUAGUACUACUAUGCCAUCAAGAAAGAGGAUGAACGAGUCCACCAAACGAGUACAAGUUGCUCCUCCUCGUAGACAAACAGAGCCACAAAGGUUUCAAGAAGAUGGAGAGUGAUCAUCACACAGAAAAGAAGAGAGAAGAAGGAGCACAAAAGACCCCUACCCAAUGCAGGAAAAAAGAGUGCACCACUGGUUCAACAAAGA